UAUAAAAUAGAAUCAAGUGAGGACAUAAACAAAAUAUUCAGUGCCAUUGAAAAAAAAAAUAUUUUGGAUUAAAAAAAUAGUUAAAUUUUCAUAUUGAAAAAGCCAAUUAGCAAAAGCCUAAGAACUGAGUGACGAGACUCACAAAAUGAGGUGUACAAUAUUGCUUAUAAGUUUCCUCCUUCUGGGAUCGCUGCAUUAUUCGAUUGCAGACGAUGUUGAAGUUGUCAAAUCAGUUUCACCUGAAGAUACCGAAAAGCGUGAUGAAAAUAAUGAUCAGGUGGCACUUGAGACUGUCGAGCAAGAGCAAAAAGUUCAUCCACCGCCUGGACAUGUUGUUCAAGUUCAAGGCAUUCCAAAACAUAUUGGAGUAGGUCAACCUUUUGGACACGGAACAGCACCACAUAUGGCUUAUCAUGGCCCUCCCCCGCCACCUCCAUCUCAUCCACAAUUUUUACAUCACGGACCAAAAAAAGGACCACUUCCUCCAAAAAUUGGACUUGGUCCGAUUUCACAUAACAUUCCACAUGGUCCAGUCCUUCAUCAUAAUCAUGUAGCACCUCCACAGCAACAACAGCAGCAGCAACAACAACAACAACAGCAGCAGCAUGCAGCCGCAUCAGAAAUUAGUGAGAAACUUUACGGAGCACCGUUAAAUGGAAAUGAUUUAUGGUCAGCUCCAGUUCCAGACAUGGCAAAAAUUGUAUCCCUUGAUGUUAAGUGUGAAAAACAAGGCAUGAAAGUAUUUGUUCAAUUUGACAAGCCAUUCUACGGUAUUGUCUUCUCAAAGGGCCAUUAUAGCAAUCCUAGUUGUGUUCAUAUUCCUGCAAACUUAGGACGUACAUCAGCACAAUUCGAUAUUGGUUUACAUCAAUGUGGAACAGCUGGAAAUACUGAAAAUGGAAAUUAUGGUUAUGAAUCAGGUUCGGGAAAUUUCUUUGAAAAUAUUGUUGUCAUUCAGUAUGAUCCACAAGUUCAAGAAGUAUGGGAUCAAGCACGUAAAUUGCGUUGUACAUGGCAUGAUCAAUAUGAAAAGAGUGUAACAUUCCGUCCAUUCCCUGUCGAUAUGCUUGAUGUUGUUCGUGCUGAUUUUGCUGGCGAUAAUGUUGGAUGCUGGAUGCAAAUUCAAGUUGGUAAAGGUCCAUGGGCUUCAGAAGUAUCUGGAUUAGUUAAAAUCGGUCAAACAAUGACAAUGGUACUUGCUAUUAAAGACGAUGAUGCCAAAUUCGACAUGUUGGUGAGAAACUGUAUGGCACAUGAUGGAAAACGGGCUCCAAUUCAACUUGUUGAUCAACGUGGUUGUGUUACUAGACCUAAAAUCAUGAGCAAGUUUACAAAGAUAAAGAAUUUCGGAAAUAGUGCAUCAGUAUUGUCAUAUGCUCACUUCCAAGCCUUUAAAUUCCCUGAUUCAAUGGAAGUUCACUUCCAGUGUACAAUUCAAAUUUGCCGUUAUCAAUGUCCUGAUCCAUGCUCUGAUCAUAGCACAGGUGGUGCAGUUGAAGGUCAUUUAAAUGUCUCACCAGAAUCUUCAUAUGGUCCACCACCACAACAACAAGCUCAAGGUCCUCACGAUCAUUAUUUAAGCAGAAAACGUGAUGAGCGUCGCCGUAAACAGCGUUCAACAGAACAAAAUGAAGAUGUAGGAUUAAAUAAAGUCAUUCGUGUUGUGUCAUCUGGAGAUUUAACAUUUGCCAUUGCUGAUCAAUUUAAUUCAACGAGUCAAGAAACAAUGAUCUUCCCAGCACGCGACGACGGGCUCAUUUGCAUGACAACGCCAGGCUUCACAAUUACACUUGUAAUUCUCCUCGGAAUUCUUGUUGCAUCGUGCCUUACGUCAGCCUUCCUUUGCAUACGUACAAAGCCAUUUUCAUUAUCAAUGAAAGAGAAAUCACUCGCAACAUUCUCAGCAGCACUUCCUUCAGCUGCCGAUAUCGCAACAAUUCAACAGCACAAUAGCGUUCGUGUGACACCUAAGAAAAAAAUUGUCGGACUUUAUUCGUAAAUGUUCUUACUUCCUAAAAUUAUUCUUAAAAUUUAAUUUAUUUAUUCAAUUAUUUUUAAAAACCUUCAAAUAAGAAGCAUAAAGAAAUAUUUUAAAGCUUUAGGAAAAGUUUCGUUUAAGACUUGAAAUUUUAAUUAAUUUUAAUUAUUAAUCCUCAAUUAUUUCAUUUAAUCUUAACAUUUUGUAAACUUCCUAAAAACAACAAGAAAUUCAAAUUGAUUUAAAAGAAAAAUCUAAAAUUUCACAAUUCAUUUUGUAAAUUAUUGAAAUUUUAUGGGUUGUAGAAAAUUGAUAACUGAAUAGAAAUAAUGGAUUAGAAACAUUUUAUUUGGAAUUAAAUUGAAAUGAAUGAUUAGAAAUGGUGGGAAAAAAAUUGGUGUGAAAUUGAAAUUGUGUGAAUGGAAUCGAUGUGAUUUAUGGUUUUCAUCGGGGCUACUAAAUUCAACACCUUGCUUAUAAAGCUUAGCUAUUGAUGAUUUUGCUUUUUUUUAUUGACUGUGCGGUAGGUAGGCAGGCAAGUGAAAUUUUAAAAUAUUUGCUUCUGACUUACAUCACACUAUGGAUGCUGCAUUCUUAUUCCUAAUGCAUUAGAAAUCUCAAAAAUUAACAGCGUAAAAUUCACACAAAUUUCUCUCCAUUACUUUAGGCAGAUCAAACAAAGAAAACCUAUAAACAGGACACAAGUUCUUAAAUAAUUUUUAAUUUUGAUCUCCCUGAAUAAUGAAUUUGGUAAUUGGUUAAAAUUUUAGAAAACAUUUUGUUGUCAUGUCUAGUUAAGUCUAUGUAGUUGAGCAUAAAACUAGUAAGGAAGAAGCUAUCCAAUGUAGUAAUGGAAAGCUUCAAUUAUCGGUGUUGUGGUGGGUAAUUUAUUUUUUAAAAAAAAGAAUUAACUAAGUAUCAUUGUAUAUUAUAGUACUUGACCUCUGAACGGCUAAUUUAUGUACCUUCCAUUAUACUCAAAAUAAUAAUUGAUUUUUGUAUCUUGUAAGUGUGUCGAGGAACUUUUGCGAUUUCUAUGAUGCGACUAUCUUAUUAUUGAUUGUUAUUAUGUUUUGUUUUAAAUUUAAAAUUGAAAAUUGUUAUUCCAAAUUUAUAAAAAUUGUUAAAAAUUCAAGACUUUAUAAAGCGUUAAAUUUUCAAAAUUUUACAAAUCGUGAAAUAUUUAAAACAAUUUUACCAAACUUUUUUUGAAUUUCAAAUUUUAUUAUAAAUCCCGUUACAUUUCUAAAACUAUUAAAUUAAAAUAUUUCUAAAGUUUUUGUUCGACUUUCUAUAAAUUGGCACUUAUUAAAUUAAUAAAAGCACCA